CCUCCCUGCUUGUGUCUCCUGCUCUCUUGCAGUCUGUCGUCACCCUUUCCUCUUCCACACCUCCAUCGCUCUAAGUGAGCUACCCGACGACCUCUCAUGACCUCUUGUCCCGCAUGCAGCACCGCUCUGCCUCCUGGCGCUCGCUUCUGCACUCACUGUUCAUACUCACAAACUCGUUGUCCUUUCUGCAACGCACACCUCCCCGACCCAUCUGGUGCCUGUCUCAACUGCAGGAGGGUCUCUCCUUCGGCAUCACGCUCAGUCUCGUCGAUGCCCGCGGCUGCGCCAAUUACUUCCGGCUACGCACAGCCCAACCAGCAAAGCUACUCCAUGAAUGUCGGAAUGAACUUGGGCGUGCCACAAAGCAUGCAUCAGAACUUCAACUUCAACCAAGGAAUGGCUAUGACGCAGCAUGCUUAUAGGCAGCCGAUGAUCCAGCAGCAAGCCUUCCCCUUUGGUCUCCCAGGGUCUCAGGAUUCAAACCUGCUUAAGACUGCCGGCGCUGGCAUCAACAGCAUGCAGCCUAAAGCUUUUAAGCAGAUGUCGAAUCAAACCUUUGCAGGCCAGUCAGGUGCUCCAAAGAAGCUUGACUCUUCUCAUAUCAAUCCAUGGAUCUUUGCGAACAAUGGCAACGGGCUUGCUCUAAGCAGCCCGAAGGCUCAAACGGUGAGCUCUCCAUCGAACAGACACAAUUCCAACGACAAGGACGACUCAAAUGCCUUGGAUGGUUUGUGUGUCAUCUGCCUAGACAAGCAAGCGAAGAUGGCGUGUGUACCUUGCGGGCACAAGUGCUUGUGCGAAGAUCACAGCGCGGGACUGAGAGCAUGUCCCAUCUGUCGGACAAACGUUCAGACUGUCCUGAAAAUCUAUGGAUGAAGCAGAGCUCUAUCACUUUACUCAAAAGUUAGUUAAAUCAGAACGAGGCUUGAUCACUGUCGGCGCUACAUGGACUGUUCGUAUAGGUGCAUUUGUAAUUCUCUCCAACCUUCCUACCAAUGUUCCUUGAUCAAUAUAAAGGCAACUCGCUGCUAAACGUUGUGCGUCCUCCUUGAUCGUCUGCAUAGAGAAGGAUCACAGAAUGCUUGUUUUUAUCUCUUACUGUUCUUCGUCUCCAGGCAUAUGAGCCUUUCUUUUUCAGUCAAUAAAGGAUUGG